AUGAAGCAUAUUGAUGAUUGUUUCAUGGGUUUGACAGCAGCAGUGUUUCAUCGAGAAAGAAAAGAUUUCUGUAGUUAUACCGUGCUUAACGGAGUGAAUCAUUAUUAUUCUCGCCGAAGUCAAACUUUUGGUAUCAUACAAUCAAACCUGCAUCUGUUGAUACAAACAUGUUGCAAGGAAUUUAGUGAUAUUUUUGGCAAGGUCGGAAAUGAAUCGUUGAUACAAAAAGAACAGUUUUUGUUCUUGACUAACACCAUUUUAGAAUCAAGACGCUUCGAGAAUCAUGACCGAAUUUGCAUAUCUGAAGUGCUUCAAGCUUCUAAGGAAGUCUCCAUUGUGCCCUAUUUUAAUAACAACAAUAACAGUGUUUGUUCUGUAUCAAGCCUUUUAACGGGAAGACAAUGGUGCAAAUUGCCCUCAAUUAACUUUAAAGUCUCUAAGUCGAAAUAUGUGAAAUCGAGGGUUACAUAUUAUUCUAACAGCGUUGCCAGCUAUCAAUUGAUUUUGAUUGCCGGUGAUGUCCAUCCUCAGCCUGGUCCCUCCGCAGCCGAGAAAACAAGGGUAAAACAAACAACCGUCAAGUGUCCACAAUGUGAGAAAACCGUUAAACGCAAUCACAAACGUGUAGAAUGUGAUAAAUGUUUUGACUUAUUUCAUAUCCGCUGCGUGUAUAGUAACUCCUGGUUUAUCAAAAACACCGGAGCUCAUCACCCGCGUAGUUAGACAUGUCCAGAGUGCACAUUAUCUGAGUUACCUUUCUUCAAUAUUAAGGACUUGGAAAUACUAGAAAGAAAAGGGAACGAACAGAUAAACUCAACUCUAGAUUCCGAAUUAGAAACGUUAGAUUUUAUUGCUGAAGCUUUGCGGAACCACCCCAAACAUCUCAGUAUUAUGCACCUAAACACGCAAAGUAUGGUUUCCUCAUUCAAUGAAUUUCAAACUCUUGUUAGUGAUUAUCCUGUGGAUAUUAUCACUAUGAGCGAAACCUGGCAUAAAGAAAAUCCCGCGCUAUUAGAUUAUGUCACGCUUUCUGGAUAUACGGCUAUUUUCAACAGUCAUGACACGAUUCGCGGCGGCGGAGUGGGUGCAUAUAUUAGUAAUUCUAUCAAUUUCAAGCGCAGGAAAGAUAUCGAAAAUCUACAAACUGACUUUGAACAUUUGUGGUUGGAAAUCCCUGGGCGGAACAAACAUAGUAAGGCCCUAAUUGGGAGUGAUUUAUAG